CUCUACCGCCAGCCUCGGGUACUUGGCUCGCCAAGGCUUAGUCCGGCCGCAGCGCGCGGCGCUCGCGGGCCGUCCUGGCCACAACUACUUCCGGGUGAGCGGGUCGGUGACCCCGUGGCCCCGCCCCUCCUUGGCCGCCUCCGCCUGCCGCCGGGGCUGCGGCUCAUCCCGGGGCCGGUUCCCGCUGUCUCAGCCGCCGCGCUGAGGGCGCACCAGCUUGAUAGAUCGGCCGCCGGUGCUGGGAGCCACCGCUUUCAGCUCGGCCCUCUUGGCUGGGAACCCGGGACCGACUCUGGCCGCAGCGCCUCUCGCCCUUCGUCGCUGUGCCGGGCGGGUGCCGGGCCGGCCAGCUGCGCUCCGGCCCUUCCCGGGCGGCUCCUCAGCCACAGCCCGCCCAAGAGGCAGAUGUGGCAAGAUAAAUGAAGGGGUGUAGAAGCAAAAUAAAUGACCCUGGCAAGGAGAACUACCAUCACUAAGGGCUGAACACAGUGAAAUCACUUAUAGAGUUGGAAGGCUAUUAAGAACACAAGAUGGGGACUCCUGGUUCUGGAAGGAAACGAACACCUGUGAAAGAUCGAUUUUCUGCAGAAGAUGAAGCUUUGAGUAACAUUGCCAGAGAGGCAGAGGCAAGGCUAGCAGCAAAACGCGCUGCCCGGGCAGAAGCAAGAGAUAUACGCAUGAGAGAACUGGAACGACAACAAAAAGAGCACUCUCAUCAUUCCUUUGACAAGAAAUGGGGACAGAUUCACAAGUGGCUGGAAGAUUCCGAAAGGGCCAGGUAUUCGCACCGGUCCAGUCAUCACCGUUCUUAUCUGGGAGUUGAGGAUACAUUGUCCUUCCGAAGUCCUGGAAGUCACAGGAACCCAUCAAAGGAUAUUACUGGGACACUUUGGAGCAGAACCAGUACACCGAAGAGGAGAGACAUCAUGUAUGAUACUCUCAAGGAUAGAUCAUCAAGACUUUCAUCAUUAAAUAAUUCUUACAGUCACUCUUAUGGAAUGAAGAAGCGAUCUUCUCAUUUUCAUAAAGACCCCCUGAGUGGCCUCUACUUUGAUCAGAGAAACUAUAGCAGUCUUAGACAUAGUAAACCCACCUCUGCUUACUACACUCGGUCUUCUUCCCUAUGCAGUGACCCUCUGGCAACAUCUAAGAGUCACAGGGCCUCCCCUACUGCAAAUUCUGGUCUGCUGAGAAGUGCCAGCCUGGCAUCAUUCUACGAUGGUGGAUUAUAUAACCCUUAUAGUUCUCGAACUCCAUCUGAAUACAGUUCUUACUCAUCAAGAACAAGUUCAGCCCGAAGCAGUCCUGUGCUGGUCAACGAUGACACCGCGAGCAUUGUAUCUUCUCUAUCUUCUGAUCGUGCCAGUCAUGGGCGAAGGGAGAGUGUGGUUUCUGCUGCUGAUUAUUUUAGUCGCUCCAAUCGUAGGGGAAGUGUUGUCUCUGAGGUUGAUAACAUCAGUCUUCCAGAUACGACCAGUUUGGAUGAAAAAUCUGACAAACAGUAUGCUGAAAAUUAUACAAGGCCUUCAUCUCGAAAUUCUGCCUCAGCAACAACUCCUCUAAGUGGAAACUCAUCCAGACGAGGAAGUGGGGACACCAGCAGUUUAAUAGAUCCAGACACCUCAUUAAGUGAAUUGCGGGAUAUCUAUGAACUUAAGGACCAGAUACAGGAUGUAGAAGGGAGAUACAUGCAGGGGCUUAAAGAACUAAAGGAGUCUUUGUCUGAAGUGGAAGAGAAAUACAAGAAAGCCAUGGUUUCCAAUGCACAAUUAGACAAUGAAAAGAACAAUUUGAUCUAUCAAGUGGACACCCUUAAGGAUGUUAUUGAAGAACAGGAGGAACAGAUGGCGGAAUUUUAUAGAGAAAAUGAAGAAAAAUCAAAGGAGCUAGAAAGGCAGAAACAUAUGUGUAGUGUGCUGCAGCAUAAGAUGGAUGAACUUAAAGAAGGCCUUCGGCAAAGAGAUGAGCUUAUUGAGAAACAUGGUUUAGUUAUAAUUCCUGACGGCACUCCCAAUGGUGAUGUCAAUCAUGAACCAGUGGUUGGUGCCAUUACUGUUGUGUCUCAGAAAGCUGCUCAGGUCCUGGAGUCAGCGGGAGAAGGGCCACUAGAUGUAAGGCUACAGAAACUUGCAGGAGAAAAGGAAGAGCUACUAUCACAGAUUAGAAAACUGAAACUGCAGUUAGAAGAAGAACGGCAGAAGUGCUCCAGGAAUGAUGGCACAGCGGGUGACUUGGCAGGACUUCAGAAUGGCUCAGACUUGCAGUUUAUCGAAAUGCAGAGAGAUGCCAAUAGACAAAUUAGUGAAUACAAAUUUAAGCUUUCAAAAGCAGAACAGGAUAUAACCACCUUGGAGCAAAGUAUUAACCGGCUUGAGGGGCAGGUGCUGAGAUACAAAACUGCUGCUGAGAAUGCUGAGAAAGUUGAAGAUGAACUGAAGGCAGAAAAGAGGAAGCUACAACGAGAGUUACGAACAGCACUGGACAAGAUUGAGGAGAUGGAAAUGACCAACAGUCACCUGGCCAAGCGGCUAGAGAAGAUGAAGGCCAACAGGACAGCACUUCUGGCCCAGCAAUAGGGCAGCUGCCCUUUGACCUGGGUGCUGCUCUGUGGGGCCCUGCCCAGAGGGACUGACUCUUUUUGUACAUUGACACAAACCCUUUCAGUACUGUUUUGAGUUUUUGUCAUUAAAACAUCCACCUUUGUAUUUUAUAAUUUAUGUGAAUGAAGCAGGUUUGAAUCUUCAUGAACGAACACUUUGGAUUUUGUGUGUAGUUUGAUUCUAGACUAAGAACUGGUCUGUGCUAUUCAUGUUUUGUUUCCAUAAUUUUAGAAUCAUGUUUACUCAACAUUUUCCCCCAGCUCCCUCAGUGACUGGGCACUUGGAGGCCUUGGCACGGGGUCUGGAGGACAGCAGUUCUAUUGCGCUGAGAUACUUGCUGGAGACCUCAGAAAACACAAGUGCCUUCUCCACAGAGCAAUUCAGACUUCACUGGUAUCCCGUGGUCAAAAGACAUCUACCCGUCAUAUGAGAUAGUGUUUAUAUUUUAGUGAAGAAAUAAGUUCAAGCAUGGGGAAUCAAUGUGUUUCACUCAAAUUUAUAUGUUUGGAGGAAAACCCCUUUUUUUUGUAAAAUAUUUAAAUUUAUAUAAGAAAAUGUUAGAAAAAGAUACGGGGAAUGUAUAUAAAACUUGCUUUAUUGCAGGGGGUAGUGGAAGUCCAAGGCCUAUUCUCUUAGAGUAAGAGCAGGGUCCUUACUCUUCCAUAUCAACUAUGCUGUACCUUCUAAAGUAUUUUCAUCAGCUGCUUAUUUGUGGAAUGAACCUCAGACAAGCCCAAAGGUGGAGGGAAGGGCAGGGCAGGCAGGUGGGAAAUCUGCCUGUGAAUUCUAUUAAAAAUACCCUUCUUGCCGACCUCAAGUGGCUGUUGACACAUUCAUUUUAUUAUAGGAGACUGUGAAACAAAUCACGGCAGCCACUUCUCUCCUAUCUUGCUUCCUCCUCUUUUCUCUCCUCAAGGAAAAAUUAUCUGGAAUGUAGAACUUUUUCUUCUAUAAACUUUAAUUUCAUCUUUAAAGGCAUCCAGUUCAAGGUUUUUUUUUUUUGGUUUUUUUAAAUAACCGAGUGUAGAUACUUUUUAGGAUUUGUGAUUUUCUUUCACUAUUGGAAUCAAGGUGGUGUUUAUGGACAUGAUUACUGUAGCUUCAAAGUUUACACAAAAAAGAUGUUGGGGAAAAUCUAAUGAAUCAAGGCCCCUUAAGAUAAUAAAACUAGAUUUAAAA